UGCAGGGUUGGGUGCCUGGCCUAGCCCCUCAUGGGGUUCUUAGUGUCUCUCCAGGGAAGCGGCUCCUUGGGCUGGUCCCCUUGAGCUUCCUCCAUGGCAGGAAGGAGGAGCCAGGCCCCUGCCCCAGUGGGCGUCCAGCCUUGAGUCCUCCGCAGGGCCUCAGUAGGACUGCAGGUCUAAACCGGCCCCUUGUAGUGUUGUGGGAGAAUGAAGCACCAAGGUUCAAGCAGGAAUCUGCUUUGAGAACCCAUAAUUUUUUGCCAAGGUGGGUUUGUCUGGGCUUGUGCCUUUCUGCCACAAUCAGGGCCGCAGUGGUCACGUCCAGGUGGCAGGACAAUGGGAAAUUGGUAGGAGGCAGGGCUCUCGAGAUCCCCUCUUCUCUCCCUCCCCACAAGGCCACAGCCAUACUUGCUGCCCCUUGAAUUGGUGUGAGCUCAGUUCCUGGUCUGCGCUUUGUCAAGCAGGAAAAGAGCUGCUGCUUUGGGCAUAGGCACUGGGCUCAGCCCCUGACUGCUUGUCACCCCGCUGGGCCUGUUUCCCUGGCAGGAGGCCAGUGGCCAGGGGGGGUGGGAAGUGCUCAGUGUGUAGGUGGGAUGGUUGGAACAACCCGACCAUUGAGGAUGGGAAGGUGGCGGGAGGCCGGGCAUGAGCCUGGGGCAGAAGCCGGGGUGUCCAUGGAGCCGUGGGCCUGGCCCUUGGGACGGGAUGGGCCGGGCCUCCCACGCCUCUCUCCUGGUGCAGGCAUCUUCCUGAGGGAGAAGGCUUGUGUGAAUCUGUUGGGAGGGUGGGUCCCUCCCGUCUCGCCCAACCUGCAGUGAGCUUUCCUUUCAUCAAGGAGAGAGGGACCUGGACAACUUGGUCUGGGAUGGGCCAGGCCUUGCCUCUUGCUCCAUCAGGGAGACAAACCCACACUGCGUCCAGACCUUAGUCGCCUGUUGUCCCAGCCCUGACCCUCUAACUGCGCCCCGUGAGCCACCAAGACUGAACCAGGGUGGGGAAGCGGCACCACCAGCCACCAAGCCAGCCUUGCGGAGGCAGAGCCCCUGGAGCAGUGACAACGUGGGAGAUCUUCUGGCGCGGGGGAAGGGGAGGAAAGAGGAAAACAAAGGCGAGCAGCCUAGUGCUGCCCUCCCUGCGCCUGCCUGCGAUGUGUCAGUCGGAGGCGCGGCGAGGACCAGAGCUCCGUGCCGUGAAAUGGUUGCAGUUCCCCCAGCUGGCCCUGAGGCGGAGGCUGGGGCAGUUGAGCUGUAUGUCCAGACCCGCCCUGAUACUGCGCUCCUGGCCCCUGACUGUCCUCUACUACCUCCUGCCCUUUGGUGCCCUCAGCCCGCUCAGCCGGGUGGGAUGGAGGCCCGUGAGCAGGGUGACCCUGUACAAGUCGGUGCCAACGCGUUUGCUGUCUCGGGCCUGGGGCCGCCUCAACCAGGUGGAGCUGCCGUACUGGCUGCGCAGGCCCGUCUACAGCCUGUACAUCUGGACCUUCGGGGUGAACAUGAAGGAGGCCGCCGUGGAGGAUCUGCACCACUACCGCAACCUCAGCGAGUUCUUCCGGCGCAAGCUGAAGCCGCAGGCCCGGCCGGUCUGCGGCCUGCACAGUGUGAUCAGCCCUUCGGAUGGGAAGAUCCUCAACUUCGGGCAGGUGAAGAACUGCGAGGUGGAGCAGGUGAAAGGGGUCACCUACUCCCUGGAGUCGUUCCUGGGCCCGCGCGCCUGCACGGAGGACCUGCCCUUCCCACCAGCCACCUCAUGUGACUCCUUCAAGAACCAGCUGGUCACUCAGGAAGGGAACGAGCUCUACCACUGUGUCAUCUACUUGGCCCCCGGGGACUACCACUGCUUCCACUCCCCCACUGACUGGACCGUUUCUCACCGGCGACACUUCCCAGGCUCCCUGAUGUCCGUGAACCCUGGCAUGGCUCGCUGGAUCAAAGAGCUCUUCUGCCACAACGAGCGGGUAGUCCUGACCGGGGACUGGAAACACGGCUUCUUCUCGCUGACGGCCGUGGGGGCCACCAACGUGGGCUCUAUUCGCAUCUACUUUGAUCGGGACCUGCACACGAACAGCCCGCGGUACAGCAAGGGCUCCUACAACGACUUCAGCUUCGUGACGCACACCAACAAGGAAGGUGUCCCCAUGCGCAAGGGCGAGCACCUGGGCGAGUUCAACCUGGGCUCUACCAUCGUGCUCAUCUUCGAGGCCCCCAAAGACUUCAACUUCCAGCUGAAAGCAGGACAGAAGAUCCGUUUUGGGGAGCCUCUGGGCUCUCUCUAGAGCCUCCUCAUGGCUGUGGCUGCUGAGGGCCUUUUCCAAACAGAAUGUGAGAGUCUCUUAGAGGCGAAAUGCCACGAGGCCAUCGGGUGGGGGGAUCUGAGCAGGUAGAACUGGAAUGAUUCCACCCCACCUGUCCCAGAGGUGCAGACAGGAGGUUCUGGAUCCUUCCCGUGAGGUGGUCUGAGCCCCUGCCAUGCCCUCAACCUGCGCUGUUCCCUCCCCCGAUACCCUACAAAGAAAGAAAAAGUGCAGGCUGGUGCGAUCUCAGAAUCCCUUCUGGAUCUCUCUCAACACCGUAUAAACCGGAGACCCGCUGAGCAUCCAGUCGGUCCACUGUCAUUCCAAGGUGAUGAGUGGUGACCAUGUACUGUCUUGUUGGUCUGCUCCUCCCCUCAGCUGGGCCAUUUUCUGUCGGCCCCUUUUGCUUUUUUUGGCCUUAACCCUCUGCCUUCCCCUGCACAGGGUGAGGUGCCUCCUUGGCACGGACUGUGGACACUGCCCCCGCACGGGGCCACACGGCCUUCGUGACAACCACUUUCUCUUCCCAAAUUCACCUCAUUCGGCUUGUUGGAAAAAGCAGAAUCUCUCUUUGCACUUAUAGCUGAAUGCAUCACCUUGAACCUGCGGUGUCUUCUGAGGACAGUGACUUAUGACGUAGACCUUUGCUGGUCCUCAUGACCGGCCUUCUGGAGCUGGCCGAGUCCUUUCUGUGGCAGGCAGGCGGCCCCUCCCUGUAUCCAGCCCCACAUGAAACGUGGGGCAGCUGCUGCUGUGGAGGAGCCUCUGGCAGAGGGAUCAGUGCCUAGGAACCCUGUCCCCAAGUGCUCAGGCCGUGGGGAGCCCCUGAGGGUGGGGACAGGCCAGAUUUCAUACUGAUUCUAGGGACACCGUGGAUUUCUCCUGCAGGAGAAGUCAUGGAACUCUUUCAACUGUAUCAGUAGCACAGUAUUUUUGUAUGAAAAGUGGGAGACUUCUGAACAGUAAUUCAUUUAAUUGCAAAACAUUUUGAAAUAAAAAGCUAAAACUCA